AUGGUAAAUAUCGGCAUUCCCAACAACCAUAUUGCGUCUCCAACAGGAUUCCUUGGGACGCCAUCUCUGACUAGGUCUAUCAAUCACCAUGUUGCUGAGGAUCUGGACUCUACCAAUGCCUUUGAAGGGCCCGAAAAGUUGCUAGAGGUGUGGUUUGCACCGUCACCGAAUGACCUGACCAACUGUCGCCAUGCGAACGGUCUCAAGGCCGUGCCCAAGGACGUGUGGACGCCUAUGCUCGAUCGUGUCAACUGCAAGGUGCUGUCCACAAUCGAAUCCGACGAUGUGGAUGCCUACCUCCUCUCCGAGUCGAGCAUGUUCGUCUUUCCUCACAAGCUCAUUUUGAAGACCUGCGGCACUACGACUUUGCUCCAUGGGCUGGGUAUGAUUCUGGAGAUUGCGGCGACUUAUGGCGGCUUUCCAACCAACACAGCACCUCCAGGUCAGGGGAUUAAGGACGCCGCUGCACCGUACCGCGUCUUCUACAGCCGCAAGAACUUCUUGUAUCCUGACCGCCAGGUGGGUCCACAUCGCAGUUGGCGAGACGAAGUGCGCCAUCUCGACAAGCUCUUCCAGGGCGGCAGCGCGUAUAUGAUCGGCAAGGUCAAUGGCGAGCACUGGUUCCUGUACUUGACGGAGCCUUUCACCAUGUUGACGCCUCCGGCUAGUCCGCAGAGCAUCGAGAUGCCUGAGACUGAAACGAAGAUCCUCGACUUGCCGUCUUCGAUGGUUUCUGAUCGUGCCGCCAAGGUGUGCGAGGGAGAAGACGAGACGUUGGAGGUGCUGAUGACCGACCUGGACGAAGAGAACGCCAAGCAGUUUUACCUCAACGAAGCGAGUGCGGUCGCUGAAGAGAGGUACAGCGGCGUUCAAGUCCAUAAGGACGAUACUAUGGACGUUUUCGGGGACGUUGCGGACGUGAACGACAAAGGCUAUCCUGCAGAGCUCACUACCGAAGGACAUGCUUUGGGCACGGUCGUAUCAGACAACUGUGGCCUCUCCAAUAUUUAUCCCAAGGACAAGUACCCCGGCUCACGCAUCGAUGCGUAUCUGUUCACUCCUUGUGGGUUCUCUGCAAAUGGGGUCAUCCCAGCUCCUGUAGGUGAGAAGGGUACGCACUACUUUACGGUCCACGUCACUCCUGAGCCAAUCUGCUCUUACGCUUCAUUCGAGACCAACGUGCCGUGUGGGCAGAGCGGACGCGACACCCAAGAGAUCGUCCAGAAUGCUGUUGACAUCUUCAAACCUGGCCGGUUCUCCGUCACUCUAUUUGAGGCCAAGACUAACUACGAGGAGCUCGAUACUGCCGAUGAUGCCACACUGCUCAAGAUUAGGGCUCUUGAGCGUCAGACCAAGAUGCGCAGCGGCAAGAUGGACGCCAUCAAGGGCUAUCGUCGCAUCGAUCGCAUCGUUCAUGAUCUUGAUGGGUACGACUUGGUGUUCCGCUACUACGAACGUAAUGACUGGAAAGGAGGGGCGCCUCGCAUUGGCGAGACUCUGUUUUAG